GAAAAUACACUCAGAUCACGGGGGUGGUCCCGAAAUAUUUUCUUUCUCUCUCUCCCGCCUCCUGAAAACAAAAAAGAAUAAGGGUUUCAUUUUAUGAAUCCGCGGCUAACCAAAAAUUCGAAAAUUCAUCUUCAGUCUUCAAGAGGUUAGUUACGCCAAAUUAAAACCCUAUAUUUUUUCUUAUUCCCAGAUCUACAGCAAAUAUUACUUUUUUCUUCUUCUAUUUCGUUUAUUAGGGUUUGGUUUUUGUUCCUCACCAUAGAUUUACAGUUUUACUGAUUCUUGUUGUUGUUAUGUUUUUGAUUCGAUCUGUUGCGAUUUCUUUGUGAGUGGUUCAGGUUUUAUUCUUCGAUUUUUUGUAGCGUAAAAAGGUGUGUUCUUUAGAACAGUGAAAAAAGUGUAAAAAAAGAUAUUUAGGGUUUUUUUUUUCCUGCAAAAAAGUAUAGAAUUUGGGGAAUUUUGAUAACUGCAAUGGUAGAAGGAGGUGUAUCUGAUGGAUCUAUUAGAAAACGUUCUGCUUUAUGUGAUGCCACUAAUGUUAAUGGGAAAAGAGGGCUUAGUGCUUUGUCUGAUGUUACUAAUGUUCAUGGGAAACGAGUGCUUACUCCUUCGCUGGUCAAUUCGAAUAGCAAAAGUGGAAUUGGGUAUGGAGAAAAUAGGGAAAACAUGGAUUUAGGGAUUGAUAAAAGGGUUUGUCAAGGGCUUGACAAAUCAGUCGAGGUAAAAUCAAAAUCUGAAGUUGUUGAGGGAACCAAGAAGAAUGAGUUGUUGCAGUUGUCUAAAUCUAAACAAUUAUGUGGUUCAGACAAUGCGGCUUCUGUAGGUAAGUCUCCUCAAGCAAAUGCAGUGCCUGGAGUACCUAGGAUAUCUCAUGAAGUUAAGGAGCCUACGAGUAUGUCAAAGGAAGAUCAUCAUUCUGAAAAGGGAGAAGUAGUGAGGCAAGAAUUGUCAGAAACGGGUACUACUACUAGUAUUUCAAUGCACGCGGGCGAUGCACAGUGUGGAAAAGAUGAGAACUCCGUGCUUAAUGUAACUGAUGGGAAAUGCAAAGAUGAUAAAGAAAUGAGUGGUGUUGAAGUUGUUAAAACUACUUCUAGUGUCAUGUGCGAUGGACAAUGCAAAAAGGAUGUGAACUUUUCACCAAAUGAAACUGAUGAGAAAUGCAAAGAUGAUAAAGAAAUGAUUAUUACUGAAGUCGUUGAAACUACCUCUAGUGUCAUGGGUGAUGGACACUGCGGUAAGGAUGAGAACUCACUACCAAAUGUAACUGAUGCGAAACACAAAGAUGAUAAAGAAGUGAGCAAUACUGAAGUUGUUAAAGCUAAUUCUAGUUCAGUGCACAUGGGUGGUGAUGGACAGUGCAAGAAAGAUGAGAAUUCACUACUAAAUGUAACUGAUGGGAAAUGCAAAGAUGAUAAAGAAGCAAGUAAUACUGAAGCUGUUAAAACUUUUGUUGAUCUGGAUCCUGAUACUGAAGAGUUGACCAUUUCAGAUGUUGGAAAUGAUGACAAGGGAAUGGAUGACGAUGAUGUGACCUCAAACAAGACUAGUUCAACUGUGGGCUUAGAGCCUUCUCAAUCAUCAAAUUCUAAGUUUUACGAACCAGAAAGAUGCACAGGUUUUAAUGGUAGUGGUAGUUCAAACUGUGCUACUGGUCUAGAGAUGCUCAAAACUUGCUCUUGUUCCUUCUGCCUGAAAGCUGCUCAUAUUUGGUCGGAUCUCCAUUACCAGGACACUAAAGGUCGGAUAUCUGCGUUGAAGAAAAGCAGAAAAGAGCAAUCAAGUCUUCUCACGUUAAAAGAUUUGAGAGACAGCUGUAAAGCUGAUUUGGAGAUGAUCACUGGGGACCCUUCGAAGAAGAAAUAGGUUUCAAGAAGUUCUCUACACCACCUGUAAGCUUUUGAUGAACUUUGUAGAAAAUCUGUAAGGUUUGCAAAUCUCAUGAAAGAACUAGUGAAGACGUCUUUUAGCAAACUGAAUAACAUGAUCUUGAAUUACUUUUCAUUUGAAUUUUUCUAAUGUUAGAUUUGACGUUGAGCCAGUGAGCCCCAAUGUUCAGUAAAAUUAUGGUUGUGGGUUAAAUUCCAUUUUCCAAUUUUAUGUACCAUUGUUUAGCUAUAUUGUCUUUCGUUGAUUGUGUAUGAACAUUUCUUUGGUUGACUAUGCAUGAAUAUAUUAAGCCUUGUUUCGUC